AAAGUGAAGUUUUUAUUGCGGCUCAACCCCCCGAGCAGCAUCCAGACCCACUGGAGUGUGACGGGAACACUAUGCGGUCUCCGGGCAGCCCUUUCCUCAGUCCCUGUGCCCGCUGCAGCCAUUGAGAAGCAGGCCCCGGGAAUCGUCAGGAAACCUCCAGGUGCAAGUCAUCUUAAAGGCGUACUGCAGUGCAGUGAGGCAGCCCUGCCUUCCACUCGAUGAGGGGCCACCCUCCUCCAACUGGGCUGCUGAUCCAACAAGAAAGAAAGGCAACCUCCAGAUGACAGAGUGGGCUCUGAACGUGAAGAGCACGAAGACAGGCUCAAAGCUGAAUGACGAGGUGACGGAGAGUGGCAGUGAGCAAAGGCUGAGCACACGUUGUUUCACUUACCUUUUGGUGGAGUUUUGAGACUUAGAGGGAAGAGGAGUGCUAUUUUUGAAAAGUGAGGACUCUAUGUUUGGGUCACACUGACACUUUGUCAGGAAAGGACUUCUCCAUUGUCUUCCAGCAUCUGUGAGAAUUGUGCUUAGUGGACUUUGAGGCCACAGUCUUCACGGGCAGCGGAAAGGAGUGUGAUUUCAACGAUCACCUUCACUUCUUCCUCAUUUCGAUUUUCAUUUAGAAGUAAUGGCCAACUCUGGAUUCCAGCUCCUGGGGUAUUUCUUGGCACUGGGUGGAUGGAUCGGUAUCAUCUCUACCACAGCCCUGCCGCAAUGGAAGCAGUCAUCCUAUGCUGGGGAUGCCAUCAUCACAGCUGUGGGCCUCUAUGAAGGGCUCUGGAUGUCAUGUGCCUCCCAAAGCACCGGCCAAGUGCAGUGCAAGGUCUUUGACUCCAUGCUAUCGCUGGAUGUGCACAUCCAGACGUGCCGGGCCCUGAUGGUCGUUUCCGUGCUCAUGGGCUUCAUCGCCAUCAUUGUCAGUGUGGUGGGAAUGAAGUGCACCAGGGUCGGUGACAACAACCCUCUGAUCAAGAGCCGCAUUGCAGUCUCCGGGGGUGUGCUCUUCUUGCUCGCAGGGCUUUGCACGCUGGUGUCUGUAUCCUGGUAUGCCACGCAAGUGUCUCAUCAGUUCUUCAAUCCCAACACACCUGUAAAUGCCAGGUAUGAGUUUGGCUCUGCCCUGUUUGUGGGCUGGGCAGCAGCCAGUCUGACCAUGCUGGGAGGGUCCUUCCUCUGCUGCUCCUGCCCCAAUGAGGAGAGGAGAGGGCAGCAGUACUACAGGCAAUCACAGCCCUCCACUGCCAGGGAGGAUGAAUUGUUGAGUGAAACUAGUUUCCCUGACUGACCACCCUCUGCUUUUCUCGAAGAUUGUCCACGUUCUACUUACUAUUUCCGUUUCCUUGUUCCCUCCUAGAUUCAAAAUUUGGACCCUUAUCACAUCACUAUAGCAUAUAUUGCCCUGCAUAAAUACAUGUAUCUUAUCAGCAUCUGGUAUUAGUAUGUAAGUUCAUGUCAAUGUUUCUCCCUUGUUACCCUUUUUGCUGUUCACCCCUCUCCCUUUUACGAAUGUUUUGAAUAUGGGCUUAUAAGAACAGACAUGUUUAGUGACAAUACUGUCUUACUGUACUAUAUUAUCAGCUGCUUUCGUAUCUUCAGCUAGAGAAACUUGUCCGUCAAUAGAGCACUUGAGUAUUACGUGAUAAUGCUAUUUCUAGUCUUGGAAUUCCUAGUUUGGGUCAGUUGUUUCAAGUACUUGUUUUUUGUUUUAUUAUUUGCUAAAUAUAUAACUGUGCAUUUACUUAAACAUGUUUUUUUUCCCUUUUCUUUCAAAUUGCAGACCAAAUGUAAAAAGUUCUCCACCAGAAAAAGGAGAGCAGUACUUGUAGUUGGGGAGAGUGAACAACUCCGUUGGUCACUUGCUGUUUAGUUCUUUCAGCAGAAAAGACACUCCUAGUAGCCAAACAAAAUGACCUAUAAUAAACAUCUGCAGACCAAACCAAACUGGAGUCUUCUUGAAAUAAACCCCAUUUAUCAGAUAUCUGUGUCCUUACAUUAUGCGUAAAUGUUAGAAGUCCUGUGUUUAAACCAUAUGAGCACCUUCUUCAUUCCAGAUUUCUGACCAGCCUUUGUCUGACUUUAAAUAGCUUACAAAAAAAAGAAAAGUGUAAUUUCGGAACCUUGCGGCACUGGCAGCAUGAAGCAACUCAAAUAAUAUCAAUAGGAGAACAUGUCCAGUGGUGAGAUAAUGGCACAACAUCUCAAACUGUGACAGAUUUGCUUUUUAAAUGCAGAAAACUACAUUCAAAGUAUAUUCCAAAAAUAAUAGUAUAAUAAAAAAAACAAAUUUAGAGAUUGAUGCAAUUUAGUAAAAAACAAAAC